AUCCCAAAUUAAAACCCUCAAUCUCCCCCAUCGUUCUCCUCUUUCAUACAUCUUCAUCUUUUUUCUUCCACAAACUCACAUGAACCCUAAUCUUCUCACUUCCAUAACUCCCUAAAUUCUCAGCCGAUUCAAGUGAUUCUUGAGCCUAAAGUGUGUAGAUUUUCGAGAGCAACAAAACCCCCAUCUCAGUUUUUAGUAAUUUUUGCUUAUUUGCAAGAUAUUAGGGCUGCAAAUUUCGGGUUUUGAAAGGGUGUGGACCAUUUACUUGUUGUUACAUCUUUCUAGAGCUCUUGUUCUUCUACAUUGCUAAAGACAUGUAUAGCCGAAAGAGAUCAAAGACCUCGAGGGAAGGAUCCUCAUCCGGUGUUGCUUUAGCAAAAUGGGAGCAACCGUGCACCUUACCGGAUAUUGAGGAUAGGCUGUUUUCUCAAAAUUGGGACUGGUCCCGCUUCAAAGAUGAAGAAUUCGGUGCAUGUUGGAAUGAGAAUCAAAACAAACCUUUGUGUAAAUUCAAGAACAAGCAAACCGAAAAGAAGUUGUGGAGAUACAAGAUGUCAAAAGUGACUAAUCCAAUCGAUAAAGUGUGUGUGUACGAAAGAUUAGUGAACGCUGAAGAGUUCAAGCAAAUUGGAAUCACACAGAAGUUUGAACAACUCGGGUGGGAGCGCGUACUUGACUGGGUUGAGGACGCUACUCCAAAGGUAUAUCUAAAGGAAGUCACCGAGUGGUUGGCUACGUUGAGAUUAGAGCAUGCAGAUGAAGAACCAUCGAGGUGGAAGUUGAAAGGGGAAACAUCCAAAGGGGUGAUGGUCAUGUCUUUCCAAACAAUGAACCGAAUCGCCAACUUCGACUCUUUGAGCGAGGGUAGUUAUACAUACUAUGAGAUUCGAAAUUUCUGGGAAAGCGGUGUGGUUCAAACGGAUCCGAGUGAUUUGGUGAAUGCAGUUUUACCUAACUACACAGAGGAUGAACAAUACAGUCGAGCCCACUUAUCGGUGGAAGGAAAAAUCCUCCAGAACAUCUCCUUGGAGAACAUCAUGGUACGGUUCGGUGAUAGAGGGAAGUUAAGAGUUUGGGAUUUACGGGUGCUCCACGCACUCUUGUAUGGUGAGCCGAAGCUAUCAUGGCGGCAUAUUGUCAUGAUGAACAUUUGGGAUACAAGAAACCAAUACAAGAGAAAAAUGAUCCCGCACGUCCGACUGAUUAGUGCAAUGAUUGCACAACAAAACCAGCUGCCGGAAAACUCGUUGUGGGUGUUUAAAGCUAUUGACAAUUUCGAUUUUGCAAAAAUGCGAAAGGGGUCAAAGAUAUGGGUAGAGGGAACCGGACAAAGGUAUCGAGUCACGGAUAAGGAUACGGGAUCUAGUUACAUGUAUCCAGAAGAAGAGGGUGAAGACGAAGAGAUGGGGGAAGGUGAUGAAAGUGAAGAGGGCAAUGAAGAAGAAGAGGAUCCGGGUAGGCGGCCCGGUAGGCAAAGACGGUCAAAACAUAAAGAGAUAUCAGGUUUUGUCGCCAAUUUCAUUCGGAACCGGAAAAAGAACGCCUACAGAACCUAUACCCUCGGACAACAAGAUGUGUAUGAUAACGUGUCCGCGGCUAUAGCUGAAGCUAGAGAGAGGGAAGAGCGGCGAAUGAAAUCAGAAGAGGAGUGGAGGAAUAAACAGGAAGAGAUGUGGGCAUUAACACGGGCCCAUUUGGAGCAGGAACGGUCAGAAAGGGCUCAAGAAGUAGCGCGAAGACGUGCUUGGGAGCAAAAGGAGGAACGUCUUCGUGUUGCGCGGGAAGCCUUAGAAGGUAGGAGGUGGGCAACAUUGGCCACUGCGCAACAAAUUCACAUCAACAACCUCAAACACCUCCACGAUCAAGAGAGGCACCAUAGGAACUACAUGGCGGGCCUCCCAUACCAACCACACACACCGUGGACGAAUUACGAGAAUCUUCCCAUGCCUCGUGGCCCAUCCGACCCGUCUCCCCAUUGGCCCGAGGGAGUCGGCUCAAGUUACGUUCCACCACAUCCACAACCGUUAGUCGAAGGGGAUAGGGGCCCCUUAGAUGAUUUUCGGGAAAUGAUGGAAACUCUCACCGGCUACUCCUACAACCCGUACCCACCUGUGGAUCCGAAUGAGCAAUACCAGCGGUGAUGGUGAGGUACGUUUUAUGUUGUUGUUGUAUAUUAUUAGUUUGUCAUUUUUUGCUCGUUAUUUCAUCUUUUGUCUAGUAUUUUCGUUUAGUAGGUAAAUGAACGUUGUGGGUGUGUUCCCUAUAUAACCCUCACGAGACCUACUCGUCCUCCCGAGCUAUCGGGAGGUUUAAAAGGGCUUGUUGCAUACGCUAAAUGCAACCGUGAUUCCUACGAAAGUGAGUUAGGUUUGUUGUUGUUGUAAAUUAUCUUUUCCACAUAAAUCAAAGUAAAUUAACUUAUGCCUUGGUAAUAUUUUCAUAAAAGUGGUAGAACUAGGUAACUAACAAGUUUUAAUGGUUGUGAGAAGCAUGCUUCUACACAAGGGUUGAGAUUUGUAGGUACAUGAUGUUCGUGAGACAACCGCUUUGUUGAAAAGAUGAAGAGCACACGAGGCACUAGCGAGAAAACCAGGUGCAUACGUUUCUUUAUAUCUUUGAUUUUUUUUUAGUUAGCAAAUAAGUGGAAUGUAAUUUGUAUUUUAUAUCCGGGGUGAAAUUUUGGGGAAGUUAGUCGUGUCACAUCCCUUGUGUGUUUUAAAAACUCUAGUUCUUACACAUUGAGGACAAUGUUGAUCUCAAGUGUGGGGAUGGGGGAGUAGUAAAAGUUUUCGAUUUUGACCCGUUCAUUUAAACACUACACAUUGAGGACAAUGUUUACCUCAAGUGUGGGGAUGAGGGAAAAUUUCAAAAAUUUUCAAAAAUGUCUUGUUUAAAAAGCAAUCUUAAAGCACAAGUAACUAAGUCAACGAGGGAUAUUACAACCCAUUUGGUCUUUUGUCAUGGUCAAGUUAAAAUUAAUAGCAUGACGGGUAUUUAGCGGGUGGUUAUUUGGGAAUAAUUCGCCUAAAAAACUAGCAUUUUAUGCAUAUCACAUACCAUACCCUUAUACGUGAGGUUUUGAGCCACUUUUAUAGCAUAGAUUUACAUAUAUCAUGUUUCUUUAUUUGAGUGGACCAUUAGUCGCGUAUUGUAGAACUUGCAACUUUUGAUACGUUCGAGACCAUAGACCGAAUACAAGCACGAGAAUGAUUAAGGCAUUAGGUGAACCUUUUUUUCUUUUACACCAUUUUUAUAUCCUUACCCAAAAAUUAUCCCCUAGUAGCCAACUUUGAGCCUAAACCUUUCUUUUGACAACCCACUUAGCCCAUAACCAUAAGCCUUUUCUUUUUAAACCCGUGUGAUGAAAAUUUGAUUAUAGGAGUAUAUGUUUGUAUAGUUGUGAGUUGUUUUUAUAUAAAAAAAAAAAAAAAAAAAAAAAAAACAAAAAUUCAGAAAAUGUCGCGAAAAAAAAAAAAAGAGAAUGAUAACGCAAAAAAAAAAAAAAAAAAAAAAAAAAAAAUUGUGUAGUAGUUGUUGAAUAAGAGGCGAAAGUUGUUGCCUCAUAGUUGAUGUUUAUAUUGAGUUUUGUUUAGUUUAGUGGUUUGUAAUAAAAAUCGAAUUUUCAUCACCUUAGCCACUUUAAAUAUCCUACUUCCUACCCUUAGCCUAGCCCCGUUACAACCCUUACAAAGACCUUUUGACUUGUGCUUAGUAUUUGUGUUCAGUGGUGGAGAAUGAUUGAGUUGCAAGCCUAUGCGGGUACGUGUUCUAACCGGUUUUGAGUGAUUACUUUUUAAAAGUGCUAAUACACCAUGAAAAUUAGCCAACUUGUAAACCGAGUGGAGUGAACAUUGUGAGGGAUAUGUAUGAAGUGUGAGUUUCAAGGGCGGGUUAAUCUUGGAUAACCACUUUUACAUGAUUAAUCAUUUCUUGCUAAAUAUGUCGAAAAUUGUAAAAAGUUUGAACUGAGCAUGACAUUAGACCUUAACCUUUGUCUCGGGAAUGGGGAGUGUGUUUCUCGUUCGACCCACGUGAAAGUGAAAGACAAAUUUGCUUGAGGGCAAGCAAACGACAAGUGUGGGGAUGUGAUACGUGGUCGAAAACCGGUGUUCGUAUUGGUGUAACUUGAUGUUUUUACAUGGGUUUUAAUUCUGAAUAGCCUACUUUUAAUUAAAAUUGUGUUUUGCAGGUUUGAUGAAGUUUAAGGAGCUAUUCGGGAGCUUUACGGACUAUCGGGACGAAAAAUGGACCACCGGAACGCGAAACAGGUCAAUCGGAAGCGAGAAACACAAAAACAGAAAAGUGGGUUUUCUGUGAGGCAUAGCCUACGCCACCAGGGGCGUAGGCGACGCCCCCUCCUGAUGCUAAACGAGAUUUGUGGGUUUUGUUGGUUGGUGACGAGUUUUAAUGUUGGUUUUGACCCAUUUCGGGAGUUACACUUGGAAUAAUUUUUGAAAUCACUUCUUGGAGCCAUAAGCUAUCAUCCCUUCCACUCUCAAUCCAUCUCUAUCACCAACCUUCAUCCGAAUCAAGAAUCAUCAUCAACCAAUUCAUCUUCAUCUCUAUUCACCAAACCCUAGUUCAUUCCAUCACCCUAACUACCAUCAAUCCUUCAAUCCAUUCAUCACCAUCAUUCAAACCAAAACCCUAAUCAUCAUCAUUCACUAUUUCCAACAUCCAACAUGUUCAAUCUCAAGUUCCAUUUAUCCGUUGAUAGCGUUCGUCCUUCCAUGAGCGGCUAAAUUCUUGGAGGUUUCACCCCGGUGUAGGUUUUUGUAAGUCUAGGGUUUUAACAUUGUUCUUGGUUUGAUUUUGUGACAAAUUGCUAUUUGAUUUUGAAGCUUAUGACAAUUGUCUUGCAUUUGUAUUGAAUUCAUGAAUUGUCGAGUGAAGAUUAAAUUUGACUUUA